UCACUUUCUUGAUUGCCCCUGUGUGUAUUUAUGCAUCGUUGUUUCCCUGACGUAUCCUUGCAUCUUCCCCUGUCCCUAUGAAUUAUGCAUUUUGGGUUGCCAUAACACAGAAUGACCUAAAACAGUGGUGACCAAAGUGGGUCCUGAAGGGUCAGCAUCCUGCUUGUUUUAGUUUCUCCCUGGUGGUAGGAACUUCCUCCUCAGCAGGUCAAUGUUCUACCAAUGAGCAUCAUUGGAUCCAGGUACAUUAAACCAGGGAGAACUAAAACAUGCAGGAUGCCGGGCCUUCAGUUCCCACUUUGGGCUCCACUGACCUAAAGGAUAAAAACUACACAGAUGUCAGAAAAUGCACCUUGAAUUGCUUUGACUAAUCGAGAGACAGAGAGCUGUGCAUCCAAACACAGAUCAUCUUCUGCAGUUGUUUUCCUGACUUAUUUCCAUAAUGAGAAGCUGAGAGAAAAUGUAUUUGAUACUUGGAUAUCAAAUACUUUACUCAGAUAUUCUGAGUCAUUGCUACUGACGGCUAAAGGAAACAAAACUCAAAUAACGAAGCCUACACAGUGGAAAGAAGCAUUAAUGGUGAAAUUAAGACCAUAGACAUUGACAUUAAUCAUAAAACUAGAAUUAAAAUGCAGUUUUGCAUGCGAUUGCACUGAUGGGUUCUGUUUGCAGUGAAAUACAGAGAAUGAUGCAGGUGACCAUGUAUUUAUUUGAUUCUAUGCAGGUUCAAAACAUGAGUCAAUCCAUUGAGGUUCUGGACCAACGGACACAGAGGGACAUGCAGUUUGUUGAGAGGAUGGAGGUGCAGCUGAAAAGUCUUGAAAACAAAUUCAAACAAGUUGAGGAGGGCCAUGAGAGCAACAUUGCCAGGCAGUACAAGUCCAUUAAAGCCAAGAUGGAGGAGCUGCGUCCUCUCAUCCCGGUUCUGGAAGCCUAUAAGGCAGAUGCUCUGCUGGUCCGACAGUUUAAAGAGGAAGCAGCUAAUGUGACGGAGCUGCUGGGAUCACUGCAGGAACAACUGGGAGGACUGGACUACCAGGAGGUCCACAGCCGGGUCAUGGACCUGGAGAACCGUCUGCGCGCCUGCAUGCAGAGGCUUGCUUGUGGGAAACUUACAGGAAUAUCAGAACCUAUUACAAUGAAAACAUCUGGGUCCAGAUUUGGUUCGUGGAUGACCGACCCGUUGGCUUCAGUUGGAGACAACAGGGUGUGGUACAUGGAUGGUUAUCACAACAACCGCUUUGUCAGGGAGUACCAGUCAAUGUAUGACUUCAUGACAACAGAUAACUUCACGUCUCAUCGCCUGCCUCAUCCGUGGUCCGGUACUGGCCAAGUUGUUUAUAAUGGAUCUAUUUACUAUAACAAGUUCCAGAGUCACACCAUAAUCAAAUUUGACUUUAGCACGUCACUCAUCAGCCGCUCCCGACAGCUUGACUUUGCUGGUUACAACAACAUGUACCAUUACUCAUGGGGUGGGCACUCUGAUAUCGACCUCAUGGUGGACGAGGGUGGGCUCUGGGCUGUUUAUGCAACCAAUCAAAAUGCUGGCAACAUUGUGCUGAGCAAAUUAAAUCCAAACACUCUUCAAAUCAUCCGCAGUUGGACCACCAACCACCCAAAGCGAAGUGCCGGUGAGGCCUUCAUGAUCUGUGGAACGUUGUAUGUCACCAAUGGCUACUCAGGAGGAACUAAGGUGUACUACGCCUUCUCUACCAACUCCUCCACCUACGAAUACAUUGACAUUCCCCUGACCAACAAAUACAGCCACUUGUCCAUGCUCGAUUACAAUCCUAGAGACAGAGCACUUUAUGCCUGGAACAACGGCCACCAAGUUCUGUAUAAUGUAACCCUUUAUCAUAUAAUACAGUGACUAGACAUUGUUCCUCUGUCUCACAGUUUAAUAUGAUUCUCACAUAAGACUAUACAUUUCCUCUCACAAUUUAUUACUCCAAGACACCUGUAAGACAAAAGCAAUUAUUCAGAUAAUUUAUGUGCUUCCAGGGUAAACAGGAUCACUGACUGAAACUGUUAAUCACAGCUGAAGAGAAUCAGAAAACAGACUGUUCCUCGCUCAACCCCUGUCUGGACUACACAGAGUUUUAGAGGCGUUUCUUAGCAUGGGGCACUACAAUAAGAUGUCGGCGUGUCAAUCGUGAACAACUAAAAAACAGCACUCUUAGAACUAUGAAACUCCAAAGUAUUCCUGAUUUUAUAAGUUUUUAAAAUUGUCACAACACUAAAUAUUGGAUUAAGAUGCAUGUUGUGAAUUUUACAAAGACCUUUAUCUUUUCAUUGAUAAGUCAUAUAAACAUUAAAGCUGGGCUGGAAAUCAUUAAUCAAGCUCUUAAAAACAUUUCUAUUCUCAAAGACUGCUAUAAAAAAAAUUGAAGGAACCAAAACGUAAUGAGUUUCUAGUUUAAGAAACUAACCAUUUACUCCUGGUUUUUGUAAUUCCCCAAGUCCAGACAUUUUCUUGGUACUGAAAAUAUGGAACAAAGUACUGGACUGUUAACUUUUAGAUGUUAAAAUGUUAUUUUAUUGCUACAGAUUUUAGGAAACGGACUGAUUCCCCCACCCCUCCUCCGAAACAGUUCCUUUUAACCUUGACGUAAAUUGCUUUCUAAAUUACAACAAAGUGUUUGAAUAAAAUAUAUGUAUUGUUUUGGGAUUGUUUGUAUUUUUUUUCAGAAUGUAUAACUUUAGGAUACCAAUUCAAAAUGGAAUUUUAUGAUUUUUUUAAAUGUAACAUAUCAAACAGCAAUAGCUAUUGUUCUCUUUUGCAAAAUAGUAUUGGUAGAACUUUUUGUAGGAAAAGCAGAACUUUAAAGUCUGUAACUUUUCGUAUGACUUUCUGUGCUAAUAUCAGCUUAGUUUGUGAAACAUAAUUUCUACUGAAAUAUAAACCCUUUUUUUGCUGAAUAACAAAAACCCACAUUUAUUUAAAUGAUGGUAAUAUUCUAUGGUGUGUUUCUCUUUUUUUUUACAUACAAGUAGAUUUUGUAAUAGAUUCAGAAAAUGUAAUUUAUUUAUUGGCUUGUGAAAUCAUUUUGUUUAUUUUGAUGUUCGGAGCCAUGUAAAGAAAUCCAAAUGGAUCAAUUAAUUAUACACAUGAUUAGCCGUUUGACUCUCUUUAUUCCAUUGUUUUGUGUAGAUUUUGUGUAAGCAUUAAUACAAGUCAAGAAUCAACAUGAACAUUUUCACUGUUUUGUGUAGAUUAAGGAAAUAAAAGUGGGAACUGUG